AUGUCUGACGAGGUUUCCGACUUUUUGCGGUCAGUCGAGUUGUUGAAGGAGCGACGCGAAGAAGAGGACGAGGCACGCUCGCGAGAACUCGAGGAGAGGAUCCUGCAGGAGAAGAGAGAGCGACAGGCCCGACGUGCAGGUACGCAGCCAAUCCGUUGUUCUGAUUUGACUUCCCACACGCACAUCGCCAUCCCGCCGACCACCGACCACCCCCCUCCACCGUCCGAACUUGCUCAGCCCACGGGAAGAAACAGCCAGCUAGGACCGCCGUUGUCGUGCUGCUGUGGAAUUUCCGACCUCUCGACCCUCGGCGCACUAUCGAUUUCACCACAAAAGUCUUCCCCAGCCAACACGCCAUCACCUACCUCACAUCGAAUUGGUCUACCGUCGCUUGCCGAUGGCACAAGCUUGCCAUCUCCUGCAUUCGAGCGUUCGGGAAGCCCACUGCCGCGGGGUGUAUCAUCAUUGGAUGAGCCUACGGAUAGCGUAACCGACUUAUCGAGCCCACCAACAAAAGAAAACGAGUCCCCCCUCGACUCCGAUAUCAAGCGAACGAGUGUCUCUGUAACUUCGCCAUCUGUCGGUGUCGCUUCUGCCCGAUCUCCCCUUUCGUGGCAAAGAAGGCCUAGGUCACAAACCUCCGAUCGGAUCAAGAUGAGACCAUUAUCAAUGGUGGCUGCUGAGAACGCCGCUCGAAACUCGCCCAACCUCUCCGAACCGUCACCUCCGGCCGAGGAAACCCUCUCUCGAGACCAGAUUGCGCAGUCCCUGGCUGGCAAGGACCCCUCCUGGUUUCGGCAGACGGCCGACCCUGGCCGCGGCUCGGGAGCAUUCAGGAAGACUCAGGUCGAGGACGAAGACACGGUUGAUGUCACUUCAUCUGCACGCACCCAGCUUCCCGGCAUGUCUCGUCCCUCCACAACGGACUCCCCAAGGGAUAGCCCUCGACCUGAGUCUCAGACUCUGCCCAUGCAGCUCGGAUCGCCCCUCCCUAUCACAAGCGCCCAGCGUCUCGAGCCCCCAAUUAGCGAUGCAUUCGGAGAACCUGACACCCCAACAUCUAAUCGUCACUCUAUCGCAUCACCUGGGCGGACAUCGCCGGCAAGAACCGGGUCUCCCACCAAAGGAAUGGGUGGAUUUGUGCAAAGUGCCAUGAUGAAGCGUUCCGAUAGCGUCAAGCGGUGGAGUGUAAAUUCUCCAGGGGGCUUGCAACGUGCCGACUCCGUGGUGUCUCCUAGGGCCAGCCCUCGUCCUACUAGCAUGCUGUUCAGAGAGGGAUCGUCGACCCCCUUUUCAAGACCUACUUCGAGCUAUGGAAAAGAGGAGGCAGAGAAGACGGAGGCUCAACAGGAAGACCAAAAGGAAGAGAAGGAACUACAGCAAGAGGAAGACAUCCCGGCUGGAGCGAAGACUCCAAAACAGCCAAAGGCUGAGCAACAGGAUGAAUCUGAAAAAACUACUCCUCCAACAAGCCCUUCAAAGACAAUGGAUCCCCGGAGAUGGAGUCCCACCAAAAGCUCGAGCUGGCUUGAGGCUGCUCUCAACAAACCAGAGUCCCCCAAAGCGAAGCCUGCCCCAACCCCUGCACCAAACCAGCCUGCCUGGAUGCUAGAGUUGAACAAGGCCAAGGCGCAAAAAGUGAUCAGCGCGAGCGCGGAGCCGCUACGAAGCCCAUCCUUCUUGAAGAAGGCUGAAGUGAAGACCGACGGACUUAUGAGGUCCACUCCCAUGGGAGCCAGUCUGAAACCAUCCGCGCUGAGCUCGUUCCCGGCUGUUCCUGCAGUUGCGACGAGCGAUAAAGCGCCGGUCAGCGAUUUCCGUAACAACCUCAGAAAACCAUCACCAACAAACGAGGCCUUUGAGACUACUGCCCCCAGCCUACCAGCCAAGAUUAAGCCUGAGGUAGCGUCGAAAAAUGAUUUCCGCGCCAAUCUCAAGCACCGCUCUCCGGCCUUCGAUGCUAACAAGUCAUCAGAAGCUGUAGAUGAGCUCAAGACUGUGUUUGGAAGCCUGCGCAGGACCAAGACACAGAAUUAUGUGGCUCCAGAUGAACUCAAGGACAACAUUGUAAGAGGCAAGAGAGGCUUGAGCAUCACUGGCGGACCCAAAAAGACGGAGCGUGUGGACGAGUUCAAAGACGCUAUCCUAAAGAAAAAAGAGGAUUUCAAAAAGGCACAAGAAGGGCGGGGUGUCACAAGAGAACUUAGCUCUGCAUCCGAAAAGUCACUUCCCGAGGGCCUGGUCAAGAAGUUGGAGCUCAACCGAACUGGUACUUUCUCCAAGCCUUCCCCUCCGGAAUUACCUCAGGCAUCCCCUGGGCUUGCCAGCUCAAAUCGCACCAGCUAUUUCUCCCCCAAGCCAGAAAUCUCCUCAUCAACAGCCUCGAAAUUUUCUCCAGAAGCUGAGCCAACAACGGCUACAAAACAAACGACACUGCCCGGGAGGCUUAGUGGCCGAAGUGGGGGCAGUGUUGGAGGGUUAGCAGAGAGAUUCAAUCCUGCUUUGGCAGGCCUCAUAGCAAGAGGUCCGCUAGGAGCUUCGGGCCCAGCCAAGAGCCCAGAGGCGUCUGUUAGCCCUGACUCUGGAGAAGCUGCGGCAACAGAAGAACCCACAAAGCCUGGGCCUCAGCUGACUCAUAUGACAAAGGGUAGAGCCCGUGGUCCUAAGAGGAAGGCCCCGUCCAGUAUUGCAAAGGCCGUUGAGCAACCUGUGGAGAAGCAAUCGUCUGCCGACUUGAACAAGGAAGCUGCCACCGCUCCGCCCCCGGCCAAGCCAGUCACUUCUCCCAAGCCUUCCAGAUUCGCUAGCUCUGCGACGGCCGAGAACGACACCGCAGCCUCGAAGACCGAGAAGCCAGUGACAUCCCCGAAGCCGGACAGGUUUUCUGGCUCCAAGACAGACAGUGAGUCGGUUGCGGAACGGCGUAAGUCGUUCAUUCUGCAGAGGCGAAAGUCUGUUGCAGAGGUCAUUGCACUCGUUGAUUCUUCCAGCCGGGCUUCGAAAGUGGAAGCUGAGCCUACCGGCCAACCCAUCUCUCUGGUUGGAUCUCCUUCUGUUAAAACCAGAGCCCGGUCGCCGACCAAGGUGCAUGAACAGGUGGCAGCACUCGCGGCAUUGAGUCAACAAGCAUCAAAGCCUGCCGAGGAUGAGGCUCCACCGGCCUCUGCUCCCAUCAGAAACCGCCCUCGAUCCACCACCAAAGUUCAUGAACAGGCUGCAGCGCUUGCUGCUAAGGGUCAGCAAGCUGCCGAAGAACCAGCAGCUGUGUCUACUCCUGUCAGAACCCGCUCCCGUUCUCCAACCAAGGUGUUUGACCAGGUAGUUGCCCUUGCGGCCAAGAACCAGGCCUUGGGUGCCGCUGAGGAGGACGCUACACCCGCACCGUCAAGCCCAAAGAAGCUCGAUAUGAAGAGGAUCUCCAAGUUCAUGGAUCAGCAAGACCAGGCCACUAUCUUGCCCGAGCCUGUGAAGUCACGACCCGCUUCACCUGCCAAAGAGAGCUUCACCGCCGUUGCAAGCCCGCAACCCGAGCCUCUCGCUUUGCGGUCGUCCUCACCGUCCAAGGACCGCUUCUCGGGCCUGGCUAGUCCCUCGGCUGGAAAGCAGUUGUUGAGCGAAAGGCCCCAGCUCGAGCCAUCAGCGCCCAUCAAGAGCACCCCCCCAGUGCUUGGUGGCGGAGUCGGCUUGGGCUUGACACAGUCGGACGUGGCCCCAAAGCCACCUCGAAAAGACACCAAAGAAUUCGAGAGACCACCUAGAGUGCCCCCCAAGGGCGCUAGGCCUCUUCCCGAGCCUCCCGCGGUCACAUCUACGCCUCCUCGGACGGUCGCGUCCCCCCCACCUCUUGUACAAUCCCCUUCUUUCCGGUCUCCUACGAAGCAUGCUUCGGAUGUUUCGUCUAUGCUUACCGAUUUCUUUGGCUCAGAGCGUCCUCGGCGAAAGUACACUACCGACGCGGCCGAGAUUCUCGUAAAGCGGCCGGUAUCGACCGCGCCCGUUCGCACUCAACUGGCUCAGCUUUUCCAACUGACCCCAGAGGGCAAAAAGAUACCUGUGCCGCCACAUCACGAACGGGUCUUGUUCGAGCGUGAGAUGUACAUUUGCCCCCACUCUUUCAUUGACAGCACUGGGAGGAACGUGAAUGAAAUUUACUUUUGGGCCGGCGACGAGGUUCCCUCGCCUGUCGUGGAGGAUACGUACCUCUUUGCGGCGAGGGAAGCUCGCUCCUUUGGCGGCAAGCUCAUCAAAUUAACACAGGGCAAGGAGAGCUCCGAAUUUCUGCAGGCUCUCGGCGGCAUUAUCAUUGUUCGACGUGGAUCAAGCAACAAAUACGACUCGCUUGCGCCGCACAUGCUCUGUGGCAGGCGGUACCACGGCCAGGUUGCGUUCGAUGAGGUUGAUUUCUCGCCUCUGAGUCUGUGCUCUGGCUUUCCUUAUCUGAUCACCCAGGAAGGCAAGUGUACUCUCUGGAAGGGCAAAGGCAGUGACAUGGAGGAGUUGGGUUGUGCGAGAUUGGUGGGCAUGGAGUUUGCGUUGUCGGGCGAUCUGGCCGAGGUCGACGAGGGCUAUGAGACUCCGAGAUUCUGGGCUCUCUUUGGGGCAGGGGCCACCACCAACACGCGGCCUAUCUCGGCGGAUCACUGGAGGCUGAAGACGAAUUAUGGCAGAUACAGCAACAGGCUGUUUGUUGCCAAUGCCGAUGCCUCCAGCAGCACACAGAUCGAGGAACUGUCACCCUUUAGCCAAACAGACCUGUCGCCAUCCAAGAUCUACGUCCUCGACGCCUUUUUCGAAAUCUACAUCAUCGUCGGAGGCAAGUCGCAGUCACAAUACGCCGCCUUCCACAUCGCGCUGGACUUUGCUCAAGAAUACGCCAUACUUGCCGCCGGCAUGGAGGACAGACCGUUUGUCCCUGUUGCCACCGUCGUGUUGGAGGGUAUCCCAAGAGACUUGAAAGCCGUGUUCAGAAAGUGGAGAGACAGCGCCAGUCCCACCAGGACGGUGGUGCCCUCACAGCAACAGCAACAACAACAGUCAGCUGGCGAGCCGCAAAGAAGCAGCAGCUCGGGAAGUAACAAGGGUGGCGGGUUGAGGAGAGCGAGGAGCUUGAAGAUUGUGCCUUUGAAUGUGGCGUUGAAGGCGGUGGCGGAGAAUUAA